ACGUCGAUUACGGCGUUUUACAUGACUUUAUAUGACUUUAUAUUCCAAUAUAAAGGAAAGAAGUUCUAUAUAUGACGAUACAUCGUCAUAUAAGACUUUAUCUGCGGCUCAUCAGUUCACUGAUGAUGAUGUUGUGAUUUGCAUCGCCUACUAACUCAGGGCUGUCGAUGGCAGCAGUUUCAUCUGAAAUUCAAGGUUUGGAGUUAUACCUCCUGGCAGCGCCGAACAUCAAAUACAUCAGCCUUGCUGCCUUGACGGUAUUUACAUGGGACUUAACGUACGUAUUGGCUAGCAAUGACGGGGGCCCCUUGCAGAAUACCAAAUGGACGCUUAUAAAAGCUCUGUUCUUUGUGAAUCGAUAUUUCGCACUUGGGACAGCUGUCCUAAUGACGUUCUUGACGUUCGACAUCACACCGACGGAAGCCAUGUACGUUAUCUCGCCGUUCUCUUCUAGCUUGUGCUCAUUCGGAACAGAUGUGAGCUCAGACACUCUUAACCCCUAUCUCUCCCUCAUGGAAAUACCAGGUUCUGCAAAUACGUUCUUUGCUGUCAUUGUGAUUCUCCAACAUCGACUAUACGCAUUGUACAGAUAUGACAAAAGAAUUGUCCUCCCUGUGUCGGCAUUGUUCAUCGCGGUCUUCAGUGGUAUGAUGGUGAUGGCAGUGGUCAUAUACCAGUAUGAGAAGAACCACGAAUCCCAGAUCUUUGGGGCAUGCUGUUUACUUGGCUCCGUAGAUUGGCUGUAUCUCUUUUGGGUACCAAUGAUGGGCUUAGACUUCGUUCUUGUCGUGUUGGCAGGCUACAAAUCCCUUCAGCACUAUUUCCAGAUGCCAGACAAGACCUGGUUCGGUGCGCGUCUUAUGCGUACCUUUGCGCGGGACUCGAUUCUUUAUUUCCUUUGUAACUUUUUAGUAUACCUGUUCAGCACCUUGCUGGGAAAAUUCGGCCCUGCUGAGUAUUUUCAACUAGGCGCGAUCACAGUCACAGUUAUUCCACCUGUAUCGGCGAACCGUCUGCUCAUCAACAUGUAUGACUUGGCGUACGCCGAGCAAGUGAGAGACUCAUUGAGAGUACAUCACAAGAGCACAGAGCUCAAAGUACACCACCAGGACAUAGAGUUCGCAUCCAUGAGUACGAAGGGUUCGCUUGAGGUAUCAUCGUUGGAUGAUAUCAUUCCUGCCAAGUUCACAUAGUUGAUUCCAAGAUCGCGAUGAUUAUCUCGAACAGAAACGACGAUUUACAUCGGAUCCUGUGGGUGAUUUGAAGAGGGAAUACUUCAUCUGCAAAUACAGAUCAGCGGCUUCAGCCUGAGAGACAACGAUACAUGUCUUCCUCUUUCAGUGAAGUCCACCGUUCUGAUUGAAGUAUGCACCAGUUCAUACAAUCCUUGGGCAUCGGUGCU